CUCUCUCUCUCUCUAUAUAUAUUUAGCCAUGGAUGAGUCAUUCUACCUAUCAAUGUCCGUUUUCAAAGGAUAUUACUAAAUCUAAAAGAUUACUCAUUUUGCUAAUUGCUUUAUUGAUAUUGGUACAUUUCUUUGAGAAAAUAUAUACACUUCUUGGAGAAGAUAAGAGAAAGAAAGUGGUUACAUUGGAAGAGAAUUUGAACCUAUCUACAGAGACAAAGAUGUUGGGAAUUUUUACGAAAAAGUUGGUUAAUCCACCUCAAGAGCUUAAUAGUCCAGCUCCAUUGAAUUCAUCCAAUAAGUCUAAACUUCCUCAUGAAAUCCUUCAUGAUUUCACAUCAUUCAAUCCUUCCAAUGCUUUCUCCUUGAACUUUGGAAAUGAUGCUAUUCUAGCUUAUUCCCCUUCAAACAAUACCUCCAAACAUCAUGGGUUAUUUUGUGGUUUGGAUAACAUAUAUUGUGCUUUCAUGGGUAGCUUGAACAACCUGAGUAAGCUAAUAAAGCAAUAUGGGCUAUCAAAGGGAACCAAUGAGGCAAAUUUCAUCAUUGAAGCUUAUAGGACACUUCGUGACAGGGGUCCAUUCCCUGCAGAUCAAGUCCUCAAAGAACUUGAUGGUAGUUUUGGAUUUAUCAUCUAUGAUGACAAAGAUGGAACUGUUUUUGUUGCAUCAGAUCGUAAUGGACAAAUUGACCUUUUCUGGGGUAUUGCAGCUGAUGGUUCUGUUGUUAUUUCUGAGAAUUUGGAGCUUAUUAAAGCAAGCUGUUCUAAGUCAUUUGCACCAUUCCCUACUGGGUGCAUGUUUCAUAGCGAGCAUGGUCUAACUAGUUAUGAGCAUCCAAGUAAGAAGUUGAAGGCAGUGGCAACGAUUGAUAGUGAGGGAGCUAUGUGUGGGGCCAACUUCUGUGUUGACUCCCAAACAAGGAAGCCACCAAUGAUGCCACGUAAUGGAAGUGAAGCCAAUUUGUGCACUUGGGGUACACAAGCCUGACUCAUCUAAUCAUGAUACUAUGAUCCAAUUCAUGGCAACAAAAAUUUAUAUAACCAUUUUUCUUUUCUUCUUCAUUUAUUCUAAGAGCGACAUAAUUUAGAGGAGACAAUCCUUUGUUAUUACUAGUACUUUCAGGAUUGCUCACUUUUUUCCCUUUUUCCUGUUGGCUUAAUUGACUACUUUGUUGUAUAUAUGAUACUGAUUGGAAGUUCAAUAUGACCUAGGUCAUUUGCUACAUUAAUAACAAGAAGAUUAAGUUUUGAA